CGGAACUCGGCUGCCCGCUUGCAACAUCAAGUUUGCAGUCUUGAUUGCGAUAUCCUAAAGAGCAGAACGUUAUGUGCUGGGAGCCACGGGGAAACGCAAAUCAGAAAUGUCAGCAGACCGGUAGGACAGGGGCAUGAAAUGAGUCAUUCUUUUAUGGGCUGUGCCAGACAGUCGUCUUCUGACUUGGCUCCAGGAUGGUGCGUCUCUGCCGGACUCUGGUUCUAGCUCUUGCUGUCUGGUGCUGCUGCGAGGCUGACGUGGGGAACUUCACUGCCUGCACACGCUUCUUCUACAGCGCCUGGCCCCCCAAGGGGCUCCAGGGGGUCCCCAUCUGCCAGCGCUACCUGAACCAGCAUCGUUUCGCCACCCUGUACAGCCGGACACACCGCAGACCCUGGUUCUCCGCCUAUGUGUUCUCCACACCGACUGGCAAGCGGCCCAAGGAGGAGUGGAAAUUUGAGCCGCAGCUGGCCAACUCCAAAGCAGAUGGCAACAUGAUACCCUUUCCACCAGGAAAAGUGGAUCAGAAUGUGGCAGAUAGCCAGGCCAUUCAGCUGGACUACAUCAACUCCAGCUACACCCGUGGCCACCUGAAUCCCAGCUUGCAUCAUCAACACCCUCAGGACAGGGAAUCCACAUUUACACUCACCAACGUGGUCCCACAGAAGGAAAAGUCCAACGAUGGGCCUUGGGCGUCGAUGGAGAAGCGCGUCAGCCAGCUCCUCAACACUUAUUGCAAAGGUGAAGCCUAUGUGGUGACAGGGGUCAUCCCCUACCGGGAGGAAAAGUGGCUGAGGGAACACCGUGUCGGUAUUCCAGAGUACCUGUGGUCAGCUUAUUGCUGUCCUAGCUAUAGCUUAAACCUUCCAUCCAGUCUCACGUCUGCUUUUCCAACGUUUGCUGCCAUAGGCCGCAAUGAUCCAAACAGCACGGAGGAAAUAGUCCCUAUAGACAGGAACAAGAGCAAAAGGACCCGGGGGUAUGAUGUGAGGUUCAUGCCCCUGGACACACUGGAAAUGUACCUUAAGCAGCGUUUUGGGGUGCCCUUCAGCGUGUUCUACAACCAGUGCUCUCAGCCUUGAGCAGUCAAACCUUGUCAGAAAUAAUGUUUCAGAACUGUAUGGCAGCAAGAAGAUUUUAGCACAUGCAUUUCCAAUUCUACAAUUCAUCUGAAAAGAGAAGAUUAAGUGUGAAAUGCACAAUCUAUAAUAUCAGGAUAUUUCUACAGUAAGCAUAUGUUAUAGAGGAAUAUGUGAAUAAGUAAUGGGAAGACGCGAUGGCGCUUUGGGUUUGGCCGGGUCCUGCUCUGUGAUGGGUCUGGGGUUCGAGUCCUGCUUGGGGUGCCUUGUG